AUACUGUAAAUUUUGUAUAUAUUGUACAAUAAACGAAAAUAUUUAUUUAAGAAAAAUUGACUUAAGCAAUCAUCUUAUGAAACAGUAGUAAGAAUUCGUGCAUUGUCAUAUAAAACCUGUUAUAUUGUGAUGAAAAUGACUACAGAAGAAGAAUGGGACGUAGAACAACAUAAAGCAGAACAUGAAUCUGAUGAACAUUGGGAACUUAGACGUAAAUUUCUUUUAGCACAUAAGGACAAAUUUCCAGAAGAUCAACUUGUUUGUUUAGCUCAAGUAUUUACCAAUGUCGAGUUACUUGGCUGCAGAUACCCAAAAGAGACAAUGCAAUUAAUAGCAGAAUUAGCUCAAGAUAUCGUUGGUGAUUAUAGAGAAAAGCAAAAAACUAAAUUGCAAAGAACAUUUGUAAAAGCUUCCGAUGCUGCUAGCUCUAAGGUUAAAGGACUAAAUGCCCCUACAUCUACCAAUAAAUUCGAUACAAAAGCACAAAGUACAAGCUCAUCUAGUGAAUUAAGACCUAAUCAAGUUAAAAAAAUAAAAUUAAAAGAACCUCCGUUUGGUAAUAUUGUAUUGGUAGAAAGGCCAGGUGAUGUACCACAGAACAUAAUUGCUUCUGCAGUUAAUGCAUCAGGAAGUGUUUUAGAAUGGAAAUUUGAUAGAAUCAGUAACACAUGUCAAUGCGCUAUUUUUAUCAAUUCAAAGCUGUUGGCAGAAGCUUCUGGUUUGAAUAGAAAAAUGGCAAAGAAACAAGCAGCUCAUAAUGGAUUACAAAAGUUAAAGAAAUAUUAUUAUACAAUUAAGAUUAAGCAGAAUAUAGAUAAAGAUUCUAAUGUAACUACAACAACGAUGGUGAAAGGAGCAGCAACAGAAGACUCAAUUUCUGAUGACAAUAUUGGAAGGAAACUAAUGAAAUUAAUGGGUUGGACUGGUGGAGGUCUUGGUAAAUCACAGCAAGGAAUUGUAGAACCUAUUACUGUUAAGCAACAGAUCAGCAGACAAGGCUUAGGAUUGAAGUCAAAUUCUUCGUCGCUAAAUCAUGUAAAAUACAAAUCCAGAAACAUCAUGAGAGAGUACCUAGCAGGUGACAUGAGAAACGAUUUAGUAUUCUCAGCCUUUACAAACGAGGAAAGAGCUGCAAUGCACACGAUAGCAAGACAGUUGGGCUUAAAAUCACAUAGUUAUGGUCCUAAAGAUCAACGAACAUUGGUAAUUUCUCGUAAAAUAGAUGUACGAGAUUUAGUCAACGAAUUAAAGAGUCUUGGAGGGGUUACCAACAAAUAUGAGUUAAUUGAACCAACUGAGACAUUCAUUCUAUUUUGAAAGAUACUAUGACUGAGUGAAAAAAGAAACUAUGAAAGCAGAAAAAAAACUUUAAUAAUCACAAUAAUCACAAGCAAUAUACGUGGUCAGGUACAAUGUCAAUUGCGUAAAAUAAAACUGAAGAAACGUUCACUUUAUUUAAUGAUCAUCGCGCGCUGAACUUAUUUCCAAGAACAUUGUAUUUUAAUUAAUAGAAGUACAAAAACUUUAAGAAGCAAGAUCACUUACAAGUGUAUGGUACGUCGCAGUUGCCGUAUAAUAAGAAUGCUUUGGCAGUAGAACAAUAUAGAAGUCGAAAGUAACAUAGACACGACGGCGUGUGAUUUUAUUACAUUAUCACAUUAUUUAAAUCUUGAUAACUAAGAUGGUCAAUGUUGAUUACGUAUACAUAUGCGCUGUACAAUUUAUCGAUCGGUAGAAACAUCCAAUAAUGCUCGUUCACGCUACAGUGUGUAUUGCAAAAUAAAGAACAAGAAACACAAAUCAAAUUAAAUUACAUGUUCGUCGAAAUUGAUCUUACAAGGAAUUUUUUCCAGCGGACAACUAUGGACGGAUCAUGCAGAUAUGUUUUGUUACAUUUGAAUGAUGCAUUUUAAUAAAUUAAAUUGCAAUGAAGACAUGUUGGUAAUUUUUGAUGACGUACCUACUGAAUCUUUUACACAAUAGCAGCUGUGCGUUGUAAAACAUACAUGGAUAAUUCAGGAUUACAUGGAUUGUCUUUGGAUCGCAUACAAGCUGAUGUAAACGAUAGGUAAGAGAAUACGUGGCGUGUACAAGCAUUUUAGAAUUCCUCGCUGGGUGUUGCAACAAGUGCUCACGUAUGAGAUAAUAAACCACAUAAGAGGUCUUUCCUGUAUACAACACCGUUCUAUAGCGAUGGAAAUAUACGCACUGCGCGUUGUACAUGUUUGGGUUCAUUAUUUCCAAUUACCAUUGAAGAUGAACGGUCCUAUCUUAAAUAUAACACGUCGAAAUUGAGGGGGAGGGGUAGGUAAAGAGUCAAGGCGUUCGUGAGCGGAGAUUCAGAACGUCUUGGUCCUACGAAAGUUUCUUCUUAAAGUUUACACAACUUCCCUCAGGAUUCUGUCCUCGGUCCAGGCCCUACUUUGGACCGUAAUUGACAUCUGGAGGGAACGUUACAUAUCUCUGUAUCUCUCUCUUUCUUCUCCAUUAUUCUCUUUUAUAUACCAAAAUAUUAUAUCUACUAUUUGAUAAAAGUGACUCUUUUGUUGAUAUGUAAUAUAUACUUAAUUAUUUAUAUUAGAAGAUAUGUCAUUGGUUGACUAGAAGAUAUUACGCUUAAAAUAUAGAGAUGAGUUUCGUCGUCAAACGAAAGUCUUUCUCAAUAGGUGUAAUUGGUUCCCCGGUUACUUUAACCUCUUCAAAUUCAUUUCCUCGAAUAGAAAGAAAAACGGAGAACCAGCACCUUAAGAGAAUUCGACAUUUAUUACUUUACUGAUAUGUAUUCAUAUUGAUAUGUUAUGUUGCGUUACCGUAAUGAAAAUAUUAAUACAUUAUACAUAUAUGUAUAUAUAUAUAUAUAUAUAACUUGCAUCUUUCCUUAUCUUAAGUAAAGUGCGCGUUAUACCCUGAAGGAACGCGAGAUGCUCGAUUUGUACCUGCUUCGCUUUCUCAUUUUUUUAAAAUAGAUAUACAUAUAUAUAUAUAUGUAUAUAUACAUACAUAUUCGUUUAUACAUAUACAGAUAUACGGCUUCUUUUUACAUAAAUGAUUCGUGCACUCAUAUCUGACUAAAGAUCAAUCGGUUCUACAAGAAAAAA